AUGGAUGAUAAAGUGGCAAAAGAUCAUGGUAUCGUUUUACCAAUGAUUGAGUUCUUUCGACAGACUCGCGAGCUUGAAGACGGUAUGAAGAAAGCGACUCAUCAUAAUUUUGUUGCUGUACUCAAAGAAAUUGCAUGCACUCCAGUUCCAUGUGUUCCUUUUCAAAUUUUGAAAAUAUUCAACGAUCUUUACGAAGGAACUUACAAUAGAAAAGAGUGUAUGAAACGAUUGCGUGAAAGUGCAGUGGCCAAUGAUUAUUGUAAAGAAGAUCUCGAUGAAAUUAUUCAACAAUUGGAAGUAUCCCAUGGUUACAGUGAAAAUGGUAUAAAGAAUCUAAUUGACUUUAUUCGAAAACAUCAUUCCUACAACAAAUCACAAAUUACAAUGAUGUUAGAAACACUGAAUGUACCUGAUCAAUAUACUAUACUACACUAUGGAGCGCUUUUCAAUAAUGUCGCUUUUUGUAGAUGUUUAGUCAAUGAAUUUGACUGCAAUAUCAAUUUGAUCAACUGUGAUGGCCAAACACCACUCCAUAUUGCAGCUCGCUUAACCGAUAACAAACGUCCUGAACACCCUUCGUCAAUUCUAGAGUAUCUGGUGACUCAUUCCAAAAUUAAGAUGAACGUUCAAGACAACAAUGGACGCACACCAUUACAUUUUGCUGUUAUGUACAACUGUGUAGGAAAUGCGAAGUGUCUAAUAGGAUAUGGUGCGGAUGUUGAUAUCGUGGAUAUAUCUGGUGCUACUCCAUUACAUUAUGCCUGUCGAGACGUGAAAAGUCAGAAGAUGAUAUGUUUGUUCUUCAAUUUUCCACAUCUAUUCAGCCGUGAAACACAAGAUAAGAAAAAACCCAUCGAUAUAAUGAUUGAAUGCAACGAUUCUGAAACUGUUAAACACCUGUUUAACCAGGAACACGAAGUUGUAUCCCUACUAAAAGAGCAAUACGAAGAUGCAAUUUAUAACGACUCCAGUCGCCUGUUCUUCGCCUGUCGACAAACUCACCGUUCUAGAACAAUCGCCCAUUUGAUCAAUCCACAUAGUCUCAUGUAUGUCGAUGAGUGGUCUGGUUUGAGUUCUUUGAUGGUUGCUGUGCAAUAUCGGCAGCUCGAAUGUAUCAAACAGCUUUUGCGCAACAAAUAUUUUACACAGGAAGUAUUUGAUUUAGCCACCAGCGUCUCGUUUUGUACAGUGUUACAUAUUUGUGCAAAAGCUCAAGACAAUCAGAUUACUCAAUUACUAUUGAAUUCUCACUUCAUGUCCAAUACAUUGGCACGUACUAGUGACAUCUCCGGUGAUACAGCUCUACACGUCUGUGCUCGAGUUGGUAACAUAUUUAUGACUCAACUAUUGCUUCGAUACACCGUCGGACACGGUUCAUCAUUAUUAACGAAGAAGAAUAAAGAAAAGCUCAUACCUUUCCAUGUGGCUGUGCAAGCGGGGCAUUUGGAUGUUAUCAAUGAAAUGUACUUGUAUGCCGAUUCCUCAAUGGUCAAUAUGUGUGAUGAUCAGCAGCGUACAGGCUUGCAUAUGGCUGCUGCAAAAGGCCACAUUCAAGUCGUCGAUACUCUUCUUAGGCACCAGGCGGAUGCACAUCUUUGUGAUAUAAACGAGUGGACGCCAUUACAUCACGCAGUGAGAUGCAACGCUGAGCGAACUGCAUGCAUCACAAGUCUUGUUAUCGAUAGCAUGAUCAAUAUCAAUGCAUUAACUAUUCGACAGGAAACACCAUUGCAUAUUGCGUGUGAACAUGCGUCCAGUAAAAUUGUCAAACAGUUAAUUGAUUUUGAUUGUGAUCUAUUUGCUACGAAUAUCGAUGGCCACAAUUGUUUUGAAGUGGCAAUUGAGGCAAAAAAUGAAGAAGUAGUUCGCUAUUUAAUAGAACAUGACCAUUGUUUUAAUCUCAUGCGCAAUUCACAAAUUCGAACGAAAAACCACUCCUCUUGCUCAUUGUUUACUCACCAAUGUGAAGUCGAUACACCAAUGCGCAAGCUUAUUCGUAACAUGCCUUCCAUGGCUUUGCUCGUACUCGAUAAAUGCUCGAUGACAAUUCGCACGAAAGACACGGCUGAACACAAAAGUAUUUUUAUGUACGAAUUUUUAGAGGAUCAAUUCAUCGUUAACACAUGGAAUCAACAUCAGAAAUCUUCUGGAUCGGACAAUAAUGUGCACGGGACACUGUACACAUCGAACACAGUCGAUGUCGUCAUGAAACAUCCCUUAUUUCUAAUGGCUCGGUAUCAAGCUUAUGAUCUUAUGUCACAUCCACUGAGUAGUUAUCUUCUGAAUAUGAAAUUUCAAAAAUUCGGUAUUUUCCUCUAUAUUUUGUUACUUUUGCUUUACAUUAUUUAUCUCGGCUUAUUUACGACGUUGGUAUUGCGUACACAUCAUCCGGCGACGUUUUAUAAUUUGACCGAUGUUGAUUUUCAAAACGAUCUGUGUUACAAUGUGUCCCAGGCACUUCGAGGAUCGUCUGGUUCGAAAACAGCAGUGGAUUACAUCUUGAAAUAUGUUAUGUACCUCGUGACUUCGUCUCUUCUGCUCAAAAAUGUGUUUAGCAUUGUCGAAAUUUUGCAAACUCGGUUCUUCGGAACUUUUCGAUAUUGGUUUGAGACAGUUGCAGUCCUAGCAAGUUUUGUCUUUGUUUAUGAUCAGAAUUUUCAAAUGCACUUUACCCUUCGCUGUCCUUUUCAAUGGGAACUUGGAGCAUUUGGUUUACUUCUCAGUUGGUUAAAUCUACUGGGCUAUAUUCAAUUCAUACCAGUAGUUGGAACCUAUGUGACGAUGCUUUUCGUUAUCAUUAAGAAAUUUCUACGAUUUUCGUCGGUGUUGCUCAUUCUUAUCAGCGGAUUUGCAUUCGCGUUUCAUAUGGUUUUUCAAAACUUCGAACCAUUUCAGAAUACAGGUUAUUCUUACAUCAAAACAGCAUUCAUGAUCUCGGGAGAGUUGGAUUUUGAUGAUCGAAUACACAAUACAGAGACGAAAGCCUAUUACAAGAUAACAUUCGUAAUUUAUCUUCUGUUUCUUGUCAUCAUGACUGUCUUGGUAACAAAUCUUCUCAUUGGAUUGGCUGUAGGUGAAAUUCCACCACUGAUGAAACAAGCCACUGAUGAUCGCAAUCGAUUAUUUUACGAACUUGUUGCCAUUUGUGAAGUGUUACGCUGCCGACUGAUGUGGAUUCUUCGUCGCACUGACGUCAAUGACACUAUCGCAUAUAGUUAUCGAGAUUUAUACAAAAAAACUUGCUUCGAACGUUGUUCUCGCUCGCCUCAUGAUAGAUCGAGUACAACGAUCACAGACAAUCUGCUCGAAUAA